AUGGCCGCGCAGCAGCUGGAGGAGAAGCUGACCUGCUCCAUCUGCCUGGAGCUCUACAAGGAGCCGGUGACGCUGCGCUGCGGCCACAACUUCUGCGGGGCCUGCAUCCGGGACUGGUGGGGUCGCUGCGAGAAGGUGUGCCCCGAGUGCCGGGAGCCCUUCCCGGACGGCGCCGAGCUGCGCCGCAACGUGGCUCUGAGCGGCGUAGUGGAGCAGCUGCGCGCCAAGCCCGGCCCCUGCCCCGAUCCCGGCCCCGGCGCGCGCUGCCCCCGGCACGGCCGGCCGCUCGAGCUCUUCUGCCGCACCGAAGGCCUCUGCGUGUGCUGCGUGUGCACCGUGCGUGAGUGUCGCCUCCACGAGAGGGUGCUGCUGGACGCGGAGCGCCGGGCGCGCGAGGCCCAGCUGAGAACCACGCUGGAGGCCACUCAGCAGCAGGCUGCCCAGGCCAAGAGGCAGCUACAGGAGCUGCAGCAGCGAAGCAGCCAGAUCCAGAACUCAGCCUGCACCCUGACCUCCGUGGUCUCUGGCAAGAUCAGCCGCCUGCUGCAGGCCCUGGAGUUGCAGCGGGCCAGGGCUCUGAGGGACAUCAAUGUGGCCAAGACCCAGGCCCUGGAGCAGGCCGAGGAGGAGAAACAGCGCCUGCAGCGCCACCUGGAGGCCAUGUCUCUCUGUGAUCGCAGGAUUUGCCACCUCCUGGAGCAUCUGGAUGACCAGACCUUCUUCCAGGAGUCACAGCAACUGGUGCCCCCAGGCCCUCUCGGGCCACUGACUCUCCCACAGUGGGACGAAGAUCAGCAGCUGGGCGGUCUGAAGGAGUUACUGAGCCAGCUGUGUGCCCUCCUCCUGGAAGAUGGGGCUCACCCUGGAGGACCAGCUGAGGCUGCUGACUUGGGCUCCGUGGAGGCCCCAGGUCCCCUGGCACCAGUCCUGAGCCCCGUGUGUCCACUGAGGAGGAGACUCUGGCAGAAUUAUCGCAACCUGACCUUCGACCCUGUCAGUGCCAACCGCCACCUCUACCUGUCUCAGCAGGACCAGCGAGUAAAGCACCUUCUAAAGCCCCGGGGCCCAGACAGGCCAGGCAGCUUCGAGCUCUGGCAGGUGCAGUGUGCCCAGAGCUUCCAGGCCGGGCAGCACUACUGGGAGGUGCGUGCAUCCAGCCACUCGGUGACACUGGGUGUCGCCUACUCGGAACUGACGAGGCGCAGGCAGGGGCCCCACACGGACAACAUCGGCCGUGGGCCCAGCUCCUGGGGCCUCUGCAUUCAGGAGGACUGCACCCAGGCCUGGCACGACGGGAAGGCCCGGCGCCUCCCAGCCGUGUCAGGGCGGCUCCUGGGCGUGGAUUUGGACAUGGCCUCUGGCUGCCUCACCUUCUACAGCCUGGAACCCAAGACCCAACCCCUUCACACCUUCCAUGCCAUCUUCACCCGGCCCCUCUACCCCAUUUUCUGGCUCCUCGAGGGUCGGACCCUGACCUUGUGCCAUCAGCCUGAGGCCACCCUCCCUCGGGGGCUCCAGGAAGCGGCCUCGGGGCUCAGCUGA